ACAAGGCAAAAAUUACUUGUAUUCUUUCCACGGAGCAUGGACUGCGUCCUGGACGGCAAAACGAGACUACCUUUGACAUUUACUCUGACCUUUUCAUCAGCCAUGUAUGCUUGCCAACAUACUGCCUGGUUGAAGUAUAAAAAGCAUAAACAUCUUUAUGGGAGCACCUCUGAAGAACGAAAAACGAUUGACGAAAUACUCAACAAGCUGGAAGAACUGCAUAUUGGUCUUACGCCUAUUAUUCGAGCCACACUCACGAAAAACUACGAAGAACGGCGUGAGGUCUGGAACGAAUUCAAGAACACCGCUCUCUUCCCUUGCCUUCAAAAGUACGACGAUGAACUCAAAGGUAAAAGAUAUCUCAUCUCAUGGGCCGACAUCGCACUCAUUGAGAUGCUUACUCGAUAUCAAAGCUGCUAUGACAGCUUCUACUUGGCGCAUUUCCCUAUUUUGAAAGAGUUCUGUGAUCGUUUCGAGGCACUGCCCCACAUGCGCCCAUACAUUCAGUCACGGCCGGAUUCCCACUUCUAA